CGGGACUCGCUCCUGCUUCCUCUCUGCCUCCUCGCCAGCCUCCUUCCAGUGCAGAGGGCCUUCGAAUGUGACCGCAUGUUCAUCAGCAACCCGGACGGGCCGAAGAACGGCAGCUUCAGUGCCCCGCACAUGGAGAACCCCUUGGGCCACUCGCGGCAGUGCAUCUACACCUUCAUCGCGCAGGACAACGAGAGAGUCGACAUCAACUUCACGCGCUUCAGGGUCAGGGGGGCUUCGCCGGAUUGCAGCCGCGAGUACGUGGACCUGUACACGGAGGUGGAGGACCCCAGCAGCGACCUGAUCAGCACGCCAUUCGGCGGGCGCUACUGCGGACGCGUCUUUCCGCGCCGACGCAUCUCCAUGCAUAAGACGCUCGUCAUCGGCUUCUACACCGACUACGAGAACGACACCGCCGACGUCUUCCACGGGACCUACCAGUUUGUGGACGCCUCCCGGUUCCUGCUGGGCAAGCCCGAGCCCGGGUCGGUGUGCAGCUUCACAAUCCAGGGAGACCAGAAGCGUGAGGGCGACUUCUACUCGCCCACCUACCCCGGCGUUUAUCCCAAGAACCUUCAGUGUCGCUACAGGUUCCUAGGCAGCAGAGGACAGCGAGUGCGCCUCGAAUUCCUUGACUUCGACCUCUUCUACGGUGGAUCUCAUUGUCCCUUCGACUACGUGAAAAUCUACGACGGCAACUCGAGUGGGGACCCCCUGAUCGGCACCUACUGCGGGCAGCAGCGGAACCUAGUGGUGUACUCGUCGGCCGAAACCCUGUACGUCAAAUUUACGACGCUCAGGCGCAUGGCCGACAGCCAGAACCGAGGCUUCGCGGGCUGGUUCGAGUUCAGCGAAAAGUUCGUCAACCUGGACUUCAUUAAGAAAAAUGACGGCGAACACAUCCGAGGAACAGAGUGCGACCAGAAGAUCCUAAGCCGGAAGGAGUCCAACGGCACGGUGUACUCGCCGAACUGGCCUCUGCCGUACCAGGCCAACAUCGUGUGCCGCUACUACAUCUACGGCAUGGAGGACGCCCAGCAUCUGGAGCGCGUCCGCCUCGACUUCGACAAGUUUCACAUGGAGGACCACCGGGCAGACGACGCGCCCGAGUGCCAGGACGCCUACCUCAAGCUCUACAUGCAGGGCCAGGAGGAGCGCCAGGCUGUGGAGGAGUUUGACCACGCCUUCUGCGGGAACCAGGCGCCACCGGCGCUCAUCUCCGAGGGCCCCAGGCUCGUGAUGGUCUUCUCGAGCGGCCAGACCAAGGGCACGGGCUUUCGGGCCCGCUACCUGUUCGAGACCGACUACAAGGUGCCGGGGACGCCGUCGCCGAACAACACCUGCCACUUCUGGUACCUGAGCGAGUCCCAGGCGUCCGGGGACUUCAACUCCCCGCGCUAUCCGGCCAACUACCCGUCCAGCACGCGGUGCGAGUACGUCUUCCUCGGCGGACUCGGCGAGCAGGUCAAGAUCGUCUUCAACUACUUCAAGACGAAAGCGGAGCUCGCCUACCACGGCUACAACGAGGCCUGCGUGGAGGACUGGCUCGAGAUCUACGAGGUGUCCAGCAAGGGAGAGUCGAGCAAAGUGGGGCGCUACUGCGCUAAGACGGCCCCGGGUCCCAUCGUGUCCGACGCCGGCGUCAACAUGAUGAAGGUCAUCCUGCACACGGACAACGCCGGAGUCGCGGGAGGCUUCAGCGCCACCUACUACUUCCUCAAGGACGUCAACAAGUUCGGAGAUUGCGGAGGCAACAUCACGGGCGAGGAGAACGGGAUGGUGACGAGCCCCGGGUACCCGAACGCCUACAAGAACGACCGGCAGAUGUGCAACUGGUACAUCACUGUGCGGCCGGGGCACAGGGUGCUGCUCUACUUCACGCUGUUUCUCAUCGAGGGGGACCCCAAAGAGCGUGGAUGUCCAAGUGCGGUGGUGCGCGUGUGGAAAGACCUCUCCGACGCCCCCCUCGAGUUGUGCGGUGAAGCGCUGAGCAACGACACCAGGGAAGUGAUAUCCACCUCCAACAUUCUCAAAGUAUCAUUCAUGACGGCGCAAAAAGCAGUGGGCAAUGGCGGAUUCAAGGCAAUCUGGACAGAAAUAAGAGAGGAUCCCAACUGCCAGGAGAUCAAAUGCGCUGUCAACGGCUAUUGCAUCUCCUCAAGACUAAAAUGCAAUGGUGUUCCCAACUGCGGCAGCAGUGACAACACAGACGAGGACGACUGCAUUCGCAGUCCCGAGCUGAACCUGUACCUGGUGGUGGGCGUGUCGGCGGGCUGCGGCCUCUUCGUGCUGCUCACCCUCUGCCUGGUCUGCCGGCGGAAGCGGCGACGGCGGCGGCGGCGGCGAAGGCCCUUCGACCGGCCCCUGGGGCCACCCCCACAGCCGCCCAGGGAGGUGCCCUCCAUGCACUUCGUCUCCGUCGACACCGUGUGACUAGAGACCACCGUUUAAGAGCGUCGAACACGCAUCAAUAGCUUGUUUGAAACCUAACGACGACCCCUGCUCCGCCGCUCCUUGUUGCUGUUGUUCUUGUUGUUCUUGUUGUUGAUGUUCUUGUUGUUCAUCUCUGGAACAGAACGGACUUCUUGGAUUGCGGCGUUCCAGCUAAGCUUUCUGUUUUACUUGCGUUUCGCGAAUAUAUCCUUCGCUCCCGCCUCCUACAUCUUCCAAUCAGGGCGGAGAGCUACAUAAUGUCAUUUUAGUGUAAAGUUAUGACUAAUCAGCAGCAUCAUAAGAACUGCAGAGAAGACCCACCCCCAAAAUCCUGAGUCAAAAUGGCGUCUCUGUCCCCUCUGCCUACAUGUCGUUGAGACAUCUGCGUUUUGUUGUCCUAAGCAAAGUUUUUUUUUUUUUUUUUUUUUUUUUGCAGUUUUUGCGAUGUUACGAACUAAUGGUGACGAAUAUUGGUGCUCAUCAUGUCUGAUAAUUAUGUCCAGAAUGCCCGUUCAAUAUACGAAUGAGCGUCGAUGUUCGCGCAGUCUGACCACGCAGUGCACUUGCUUUCACUGCACUGGUUCUUACUCGGAGUCACUAGCGACCUCGUAAAAGAAAUGCGAUAAAUUCUUGCGUGGUUUGGGCCUGAUGGCUGCUUCCCCUGAGCUUUGAUACCUCCCCGAACAUCACCAUUAUUUUUAAACAAUGAUUUAGUGACAUAAAUAUAUGGACAGAUAAUUAAUUUUGGUUUAUCGUAUUCUUAAAAAAGAAAACUUAUUUGGGCGGGUUUUACGUUGUGCUACUGCAGACGUCGCGUAGCAUUCUGCGGAAAAUUCUGAAUGUUGAUUUCACGAUUUUUCUGUGGCAGUACUUUUGUUUUGUUUUUCUUUGUAGCAUUGUUAUGUUUUCACCUGCGUGAUCAUUAUAAAGUUAUUUUCGAGUUUGUUGGAUUGCAGAUUGUCCUAUUGUUUCAGCUCCCAAAAUGGCUUCACUAAGUAUCUUGCUGUUCGUAGUUUGCGUAACGAAAUUGUUAUUAAAACAUGAUAUAUGGGCGUGUCGCACACACGCAUAAAGUAGCAGACUCCAGAAUGAAACAAAAUAAAACUCUUCGUUAUAAUUUAUUUCUCUUCCGGAGGUGGGGCAAAAUUACUCGUUACGCGAAAAAGAAAAGAAAAAGAAAAAAAAAGUCAUGCGCGACACGUGUGCUCGCUACAGAGUCUAUUGCUGUUACCCCAGACUCGUGUACCUCGGAUAAACCGACGGGUGUGUUAAAAAGCGAUACGAGCUCCGCGCGAUCAUCUAAAGGCGAUGUUAGGCGUUACGUUCUCACUCUGUGCACUCAUGGACUCUCUCACAGUGGUGCUGUAACGUGAAGUUUCACUGUUGGAACGCAGCAAGGCUCAACGUUGGAGACCGAAGUGGUGGCGGAGUUCGGUUUGUUUUUAGGAGUUGUUACAUGGCUGACGCCCUUUGAGAAUGUGAUGCCGUGCCAAGACCGUUGCAGAGAAAGAAGGAGCGAGGGAGAGAGAGGCAUGAUACUUCCGUUACGUCCAGAAAAGUUGUUCCCUAUUCCGGCUCUGAAAGACCGAAUUUUUCAGUCCUCGUGUUUUUUUAACUUUAUCUCACACGUUUUUUUGUGUGUGUCCGGAUAUCUCGCUCGUGUUUGUGGCGGAGCAGGGCGGCGUUUGUUUGCUAAAGCUGCAGGGUGUAGAGCUGCUGCCCACCGCGAAAACCGUGGUGUUGAUGGUGGCGAGUUGCCUCGUUCCUGCCACUGAAAGCGUUCAAGAAGUUCCGGGAACCGUGACGUAUUGACGUCAGGAAAGAACGGGCGGCGGCGUCCGGCAACACUGUAGGUCCUCGAACGAACGUAAAUCAUUUCCCUUUUCGAGCCCCCUGCAUAAGCGAACCGGUGACAUGCAUUUCUCGAACAUCCAUGACGUCCUUCCUCCAGACCAUUUUUCCCCCACUGGGGUGUCAUACUCAUACCGUAGCUCAACUCUCCUUGGAGGUGCUUCCGAACUGAACCAGCCAACAACCCCGCGGAACAGAUCCAGCAGAACGUAGCGUUCCGUAACUUACUUCCACCGACAAUGUUACUACAUGGACUUUUAAUCUCCUUUCCAUCUUAACCUUUUCUUUCUUUUGUCAUAGGUGUGAGACUGGAAUAAAACUUGAGCCUGAUUCUUUCUAACGGGCUAUAGUCCUUAUAACUUGCAUUCGAAGCUAGAAGAGUUUAUACAGUACGAUACCGCAAGAACCAUCUAUAUGUAUGCAUGCGACUGACUGAAUUCAUGUUGUUAUCAUACUACGUGCCCUCCCUCUUAACGUAAGAAAGUUUCGAAAUAUAUUAUAAUUAUUGCCAGGUUACACGAAAAAUGCGUUAACUUUAUGCGAGUUUCUUUUUUUACAUAGAUUGAUGACGCUUUACCCCUGACUUGUGUGUAUGCCCAGUGGAAACUGAAAGCAUGAAAUGCCGUGGGAGUAGGCGUUCUUAGGAUGGUUUGUCGUGUAUCGAGCAUGUUUGACGUCGCCUGAAGAGCUAUUAAGUGUCACGUUGAAUGCGAUGAUAUCCUUUUUUACAUCUAUGCAAAUUACCUUUGUACUGUGUGCACCGAAUCAUGUUUGUGACAUCCUGUCCAGGUAGUGCUGCUGGCGUUAGGACUGGGCAUGCACAGGUGCACCGCUCCUAAAACAAGCGGUUUCCUGCGAAUGCACAGUGCUCACAGCUCCUCUGGGCAAAUGCGCGUACUUAAAAUCAGUGAGUAGCCGUAUAAAUUUUGGACGUUUUUGCGUUAGAACACCACAAGCUUAUGACAGCACUAUCAGAAGUAAUUGCGUAUCAUUUCGCACCGUGAUGCACUUUGAACGUCAAUUAUUGUUGUUUACUCCUAUCAGUUGACCUAACAAAAAGGACGAUCGGCAUUACGCUCCUGUUGCCAUGUGGUAUGAGAUAAAAAAAAUGGAAACAGCACCUUUGUAGCUUUCGAGCACAAUACCGAGCGUCCUUCCCAUUAGUAGGACCGGUUAAAGGAAAGGAUUGGCGUUUAAAGUACAUCGCGGUGCAGUGUAUACGCGAGAUCUUCUGAGAGUGCGCUUUCACUGUUCUGUUUACCGAAAACGGACAUGCCCAAUAACGUGAUCUUAGGUGUGAAUGCGUGGACCUGGUUAUCGAAAGUAAACAUAUUAGAUAAGCAUAUACAAUAUACUGUAGAUACCUCACACGAUUUAUAAAGCUGUCGAUAGCCAAGCAUAAAACAAUGAGGCUGCAAGUGAGCAGUCGUAACGGACAACAACGUCUAUCAAAAGCAACUUAAAAAUAACUUUUUUUUUUUUAUAACGUUGAUAAUUUAUGGAAGGCUCUUGCUAUAGAACGGUUCGUCAUCCCUUCAGAAGUGCUGACGCUCACUUAUUGAUGUCGACAGUCUGUUGUGGUAUAGGACCUGGAGGUGCUGCUCGCGAUAGCCAUUAGUGUGGUCGCCCUGACUUAUCGUAAAAACCGACUUCAAUCACUUAAGCCCCUUCAUGUGUGCUACCCCUUGCUGUACUCGAAAAACAACUCGAUAACCUUCCUUCGGUCAAUUCUAGCAAUGAGAAGGGUGGUCGGAACCAUGUUCCAGCGAUCACGCGGUCGCAAAUGGAGCGGACGCCUCGUUGCCCUUUGGGGCUGCAUGCCUCUUGGAGCACGAUCCACACCGUCCAUCUCAUUGGCUAAACUGAUUAAAGAAGUACGACUGACUGGUGUUUCGAGUGCAUCGCAGUGCAGUGUACAAGCGGGGGUUUCUACGAAUGCAUUUCUCAAGUGGCCGGUCAUGUACGAGCGUAUUCGUGGUACGGAGAAAUAAUAUACAUAGAAGGUUUUGGGUAGUGUUCAUUUUCCAGGAUGAGUUAGCGAGCGUCUGUGUUAACUCAUAUUUGUGGUGCACACUUUCGGAGGUCGAGAGUGAAAAAAAAAGAGAAACCACGUUUGCGGAUUUGCAUACGAGCGACGAGUCUUUUUUGGUGUGCUACGUAAACACACGCCAUAUGGGUUAAUUCGCAUUGCGUCUCUUUCCAUCCCUUUUCUAUGUGUACAUAAACUGUUAGGGUGGCGGCGGCAAGGAGCUGCAGUACUACGUUGCAUGCCGCCUUCUUUCUCGUCUUCGAGGCUCUGAAGGCUGUCGGAACUGUAAACAUGACUGCCGGUCUGGUAAAGUCCGUGUUGUAUAGCUUUUUUCCGCGCACGAUGGUGAAAUCUUGAGCGGAAGAAAAACACGCCCAUGAUACGGCCUCGUUGUUAAUUUGGUGUGUAUCGUCUGUACAACUUAGGGUUUCAGGUGUUAACGUACCACAUGUACCUAUACUGUGCGUUACGUUGAAAUGUGUUUGUAUUUGUGUUUUCUGGCUACCGAAGAAGCGAGGGAAGAUGAUGUCUGUUUUAUAGAAUUGUCCAUUCUUGUCUCUAUGAUUUGUGCGAACGUCUUGUAUACCUAUACUUUAAUUUUGAGUAAAAAUCAACUUUU